UUUGUACAAUUAAUUCUGCCAUCACAAAGUAAUCGUCCUGUGUUCAUGCAUCUUGUUCGCAGUUUUUGAACCAGAACAGACAAGCGCUUAAGAUGAAGGUUGAGACACUGAAUUCUGGUGGUGCUGGAGUGAUGAGACCAGUUAUGCAGACGCCUGUUGGAUCACAAGAAAGAUUUCUGAAUGCUCAGAAGGUCGCCCAGAGGAACAGAGUUGAUCAGCCACCACAUCCGGUAGCAGAAAAUGGCCAUGGUGAUGCAGCAGCAACAAGGAUAACCCUGAAGCUUUGGCCCAUCUCCAAAGUUACAGCUUCUGCCAGUAUGGGGAACCCCUUACCUGGACCCCCAAUGCCUCAAGCUUACCCACAACAGUUCUCCUACCCAUCAAACUAUGGAAAUAAUCAACAGCCUGACCCCACGUUUGGAAGGGUAUCAUGUCCGCAUAUUGCCAUGAUGCCAUCACGUAGGGCACCUUCACAAAACCCUCGCUAUCUGACCACACAAAUGUACCAGUCACCAGACAUGUCUUCCACCAAACCAGAGGCGACUCUAGACUUUAUGAGGCCUUAG